AGCUAGGGUCAUUAAAUUGAACAUUCUGUACAUCUUACCGGCCAUGGGUCUCUCAGAUGGGCAACUGCAUAUUAACCUGGUAUUCGGACAGAAAAAAGAAGGCACGGUCAGAUGCUAUUGACCGUCAAAUAAAAGAAGACUCUAUCGCUAGGAAGGAGUAUGAGAUACUUGUUCUCGGGUCCAGUGAAUCUGGAAAGUCGACAAUAGUCAAGCAGAUGAAAAUCACUCAUCAGAAUGGCUUCACCAAGAAUGAACUCAUGAUGUUCCGUCCGAUAAUAUAUCGGAAUACUCUCGACUCAGCGCAAGCCAUUGUCCUACACAUGCAUAACAUGAAUGUAGAAUGUGUAACGCCUGCGAAUCGGACAUUCGCCGAACGCAUCAUCAAAUACAGGGUUGAAAACACCCCCGAUUUUGUUUUCUCUCCUGAUAUUGCACGAGCCAUUCAUGAAUUAUGGCAAGAUCCUAUCAUUCCAAAAGUGAUGGACUGUUCGAGCCAGUUCUAUCUUAUGGACUCAGCUGGCUAUUUCUUUACGGAAGUGCUCCGUAUAGGCGCUCCCGACUAUACACCAACAAAAAACGAUGUACUGCGAGCUCAAGCGAAGACAACCGGUAUCACCCCAACGCGGUUUGACAUGGGGCAGAUCUCCAUCCAUAUGCUUGACGUCGGCGUCCAGCUCUCACAACUGGAGAAGUGGAUACAUCAUUUCGAUUCCGUGAGAAGCAUCAUUUUCUGCGCAGCAUUAUCGGAAUACAACCAAGUGCUAUUGGAAGGGAAGAACCAGAAUCGCAUGCAGCAAUCACUGAUCCUAUUCGAGGCGGUCGUCAAUUCCCGAUGGUUUUUGGGCACUUCCAUAAUCUUACUAUUAACCAAGAUAGACGUGUUCAAGAACAAGUUACCAAAGGUACCGAUUGAGAAAUACUUCCCAGAAUAUACAGGCGGCGCAGACUGCAACAAAGCGGCAAAACAUAUUCUAUGGAAGUUCAUGCAAGCCAACCGGGCGCGCCUAAGAGUAUACCCUCACUUGACACAAGCCACCGAUUCAGCGGAUACCAUAUACUGCCUAGUCUUCGUUGCAGUCAAGGAGACGAUCUUACACAACGCUCUCAAAGACUCGCGUAUUCUGUGACGUCUUCCUUUCCGGGUUUCUUGAUGUCUAUGUCCCGCACAUAUAUAUAUCUGGAACGCCUGGUUAUUCUCUAGCAUGUUAUCAUCAUAUUUAGCAUACCAUCGAAUAUUCAUUGUUACCCUUGCU